CCUGAACGCUUGAACAGAAUAUUUCACACCGGAGCCUCGGAGAAAACACAGUGAUGACCACACCAGACCAGACACUUUUAAUAAGUUAACAACUGAACGUGGCAGACUCGUUCAGAUUCUGGGAGGAUCGGUUCUGCGCGCGUACAUUCGCGGACCAUCUAAGCAUGUGCUGUUCUGACUAUUUUGUUGAGGAAUUUUAACACUUAAUUUGUCUUAAAAGCGUACUAUGUUUGCUAUUUUGCACCUUCACGCUCUUUAAUGAACGGCAUAAUUAUUUUUUUUAUUUUUUUUAAAUGUACCACAAAUCUCUGACUCAAUCAUCAAUAUGCAUGAGUCAUUAAGCCCCGGGCUUCCCCGCGCGGUUUCUCCUUUAUUGAUCAGCGUCUGAGACUCUGGUUCUCCGAUAACAGCCAUAAUAAGACAAGAUGAGACAACUCGAGGAGCAUGUCUCCAUAUAGACUGGAGGAGGACCUGUUAUUGUUAUGGUGACAGCGGGAGACAGGUUGAUCGUGAUGGAUGUGAGAUGUCGGUUCCUCUUCACCCUCGGCACGCUGCUGCUCAUCGCCUUCAGUCACGGGUCUCCGUUCACAGACUGUAUUCAAAGCAAAGGGAAAGCGGGCUUUUACGUGGGAUCUAUAGACGCCACCGAAUCAGGCGUGAAAUGCAUGAACUGGAACGACGUGCCCGGUGUUAAAGAGCGAUAUCCGGGGAAAGGUCUUGGAGAUCACAGUUUCUGUCGGAACCCGGACGGAAGAAUUCGGCCCUGGUGUUUCUUCCCAAACAGCCGAGGACGCAUUGACUGGGGGUACUGCGAUUGCAAACAAGGCUCUUUGCGACUGCAGGGAGGCAGAUCCAAGUUGGAUGGUACAGUAGAAGUGUAUUUGAAUGGUGUGUGGGGAACCAUCUGCAGUAAUGACUGGGAUGAUCGAGAUGCCGCUGUGGUGUGUCGACAGCUGGGACAGGGUUACAGGGCACGUGCACGUGUGAGUCCUCUGUCACGUGUGGUGGUGUCUGUAGUUCACUGGCAGACUGUGGGCUGUGAGGGACAGGAAAAGGACUUACUGCAGUGCAAUCGCACCGUAUGGAACGGGGGAGAGUGUGUUAACCGCCAGGCGGCUGCCGUCUCUUGCACACCAGUGGAGGCUUCAGUGUUUGUCCCGGUACGUCUCUCUGGUGGUCCAUCAGCGUAUGAGGGCAGAGUAGAGGUGCAUCAUGCAGGACAGUGGGGCACAGUGUGUGAUGACCAGUGGGACGAUAAUGACGCUGAGGUGGUCUGCAGACAGCUGGGGUUGGGUGGCAUCGCUAAGGCUUGGGUGGGAGCAUAUUUCGGUGCAGGCUCAGGGCGUGUAUGGUUGGACGAGGUGAGCUGCACAGGAAAUGAGAUUUCCAUAGAACAGUGUCCAAAAAACGCCUGGGGGGAGCACAACUGUGACCACACAGAGGAUGCUGGAGUUUCUUGUAUCCCACUUACAGAUGGUGCAGUGCGUCUGGUGGGUGGUGUGAAGGGUUAUGAAGGGAGACUGGAGGUUCAUUACAGUGGUCAGUGGGGGACCGUGUGUGAUGAUGGCUGGACACAGACUAACACGCAGGUCGUCUGCAGGCAGCUGGGCUUCAGGUCAGGGGAGAGUGUGUCACCAGGGCGGUUCGGGAUGGCGGCAGGUCCUAUUCUCCUGGAUGAUGUCAGAUGCACAGGAAAAGAGCCCAGCGUCACACAGUGCAUCCGGAGGGGUUGGCUCAAACACGACUGUACUCACAACCAAGACGUAGCCAUUGUGUGCAACUCCCAACGCUCCAGACAUGGAGUGCCCAUUAGUCUACCUGUGAGACUGGUUGGUGGAGAAAAUGAGAGAGAGGGGCGUGUCGAGAUCCUGGUGGGUGGCCAGUGGGGGACAGUUUGUGACGACGGAUGGACGGAUCGUGAUGCAGAGGUGGUGUGCAGACAGCUAGGUUACAGUGGGCUGGCUAAAGCUCGUGUAAUGGCGUAUUUCGGUGAAGGCGAGGGGCCUAUUCACAUUGACAACGUAAAGUGUACGGGAGGAGAAAAUUCUCUGACUGACUGUAUCAAACAGCAGUUUGGGACACACAACUGUCGCCAUAGCGAAGAUGCCGGUGUUAUUUGUGACUAUGGGUUACAGAAGGAUUCUGCUGGGGUCAAAGAGGCAGUGAGCUCCAUGUGUGGUCUAAGACCCUCUCAUACCCGUCAGAAGAGAAUAAUAGGAGGGGAAAACUCUAUACGUGGGGGCUGGCCAUGGCAGGCAGCUGUGCGUAUGCGGGGGUCUCAGGCAGAUGGAAGGUUGGUAUGUGGAGCCACUUUGAUAAAUAGCUGCUGGAUCCUCACCUCGGCUCACUGUUUUAAAAGAUACGGUAAUAACACUGGGCUGUAUAAAGUUCGUGUGGGUGAUUACCACUCUCUGGUUCCUGAAGAGUACGAGGAAGAAUACGCCGUGGAGAAGAUCAUCCUUCACCCACGCUACCAUGCUGACAGUAAUGACUACGACCUGGCACUGGUGCGUGUGUCUGGCCACAGAGCUCACAGGGGUGUCACGGGCGAGUGCAUCAUACUGAACCGUUUCGUUCUGCCCGCGUGCCUGCCAGUGCGGAGGGAAAAAGUGCCAAAGGACAUCGGCAACUGCUACAUCACAGGCUGGGGAGACACAGGCCGUGCAUAUUCAAAAACUCUUCAGCAGGCCUCGAUCUCUGUUCUGAGCAAGCGUCAGUGUGAGCAGCGCUAUUCGGACCAGUUUACCAAUCGCAUGCUGUGUGCCGGAUCCUCUCAAGACGACCGUCGCGUGGACAGUUGUCGUGGAGAUAGCGGAGGUCCGUUGGUGUGUGAGAGGCCGAAUGGAAGUUGGGUCGUGUAUGGGGUCACAUCAUGGGGUCACGCUUGUCGGCUGCAAGACGCACCCGGCGUCUACACCAAAGUCUCCGCCUUCGUGCCCUGGAUUAAGAAGGUCACUGGCCAGUAGGACCCAAUGGACAUUUCAAUCAACUGAUAACAGACGUUCUGACUAUGCGGGCAGAAAAAUUAAGCACAAUUUUAGAUAUUAGUUGAAAACAAUUUUAUAACUUGAAGCUGUUAUAACUAGCUGAAAUUAAGUCCAGUAUUCCAAAUAAGUCUUAAAUGUAAAUUACUUAGUGCCUGGCAUCAGUAUAGUCAUAACAAAACUUGAACUUUGCUCUGAAAUUACUGUACACUCCCAAAAAAAACAAAACAUUUUCUUAAUUAGUAUUGCUGUCCAGUAAAAAUAUCUAAACAUCCUGAAUGGAUUUAGAGAAACAAUUUAUCAAUACGUUUUUA